UCCUUCCUUGAGGAGAAGAAAUUAACAAAAGAAAAAUCCCUUUCCGUUCCACGCAAAUCAAACCUACCUAGGUAGAGAGAGAGUCUCACCAUGAUCAGCAUUCUCGCUCAGGAGCGUCUUCUCGGGUUCACGCUGGGUAGCGCCUUGACAGGGUUCAUCGUUCUUGAGCAGCGAAAACUCAUCCACGAAUCCGUCGCCGAUCGUAAAUCUCAAUCCGUCGAUCAAUCUCAGGUGAGGAGGGAUCGCAUAUUCGGGAAGAAAUAUCGGAUGGAGUUUGCAUCUGUGUGGAACAAAGCUGUGGACCAGACCUUUGAGCCUGCCAUUCAAUACCUUAGUUCUCGUAAAUGGUAGAGAGACUUGGAUACCAACAUACUUUCGCUGAAAACUUUUCGACAUGAUCCAUCUUUGCCCUGUUUUUCUACUUAUUGUUUGGUUAUUGUUACAAUUUUAUGAUGUUAUCUUCAAUAUUCCUGUUUUGCUCUACUUUGUUGAGCAGAGUGUUGUUGUGCUUACUGAGGAUGUCUUUUGAUUUGUUAUUUGGCUGUUUGGUCUACUGAUUAAGAUGCUCUGACCUUUCC